GGCGACGAGCCACCUGAAAGCAAUCGUGAAGCCCCGCCCCCCGCCGGCUCUUUGUAAGUCACCUGACCUUCCGUGUCAACAGCCGUCCACUCAGACGCCAUAGCUCCAGUUUAGCUCCGGCAAAAGAAGACCCAGAUCAGAGGCAUUCGUGAUGGACUCCCGGUCUCACAGGCUCCCGUUUUGUUUGUCCAGCACAAGAUCACCCUAUACAUCUAAUUCAUCUAGUUCCUCUUCAUCGCUGGGCUCUAAUAGGUUGUAUAGCAGGGAUACUGUACUGAAUAAUGACCGCUUUCCGAGGGCAUCAUCAGUUUUCAAAACAGAACUAGACCAACAGAGUUCUCGUCUCAGAGACUACAGCAGCUCUGACAGUCGCUCCACCAGCUGGAAGCUGCCAUCCUCUUUGACGUCCUCCACCAGAUCUUAUGAUCGUCCGUGGGCAGAAUCCUCCCUCACCAGCAGAAGCAAAGAGACUGACUAUGAGGGGAGGUUGGGAAGGUCAGGUCUGUUGAACAUCAGUGAUGAUGGCGAUUCUAAAAGGGCCAAACUAUCAUACAACAACAGAGGAGUGUAUUCAAGAACAGCUGGCAACUCAUUCACAGGACCCACAUACUCCAGUAAUGGGCUCAGCAGUGGCAGAGGUGCAGGUGAAAAACACACCGACACAUUUGACUCAUCAUGGAGCUCAUGUCGUUUACUUUCAAGGCCAUCAUCGUCUUCAUCUUCAUCAUCCUCUACCCCCAAGCCAUUGUUUUCCAGGAGAGAUUUGGAAACAAAGACUGAGUCCAGUUUCCCAAGCUUGGCAGAAAGAAGGAUUAGAACUCCUGGGUUGACUUCCUCGAUGUAUCAGACAGACAGAGUGACCUCCACUUAUGCACAAGGAGCCCGGCCUAAAGAGACCACCUACUGUCCUUCCCCCUCCACCUCCCUCUCUGCUAGAGAAAGCUCCCUAAAUCGCCACCUUUCAUCUUCCAUCUCCCAGCGGCCUUCUGUGGCCCGUGACUUCAGCACCAGAGCCACAAAUCGUUUCUUAAGCACCUCAUCCAGCCUUCAUUCACCCCAGGAUCAAACAUCACACCCUGAAGCCACUUCAAACACCUGCACCUCCUCCUCGUCUCAAAACUCCUGGUACAACACCCCCGUGAGCAGACCCGAGGCAUCGCUCCCUCCAAGACCAGCCCCUGAAGGUGGAGAACCAGAAGGCCGCAGCUCCACCCGACGCCUCUUAUCCCGUCUCUUUUCACGGCGGUCAAGCCAAGACUCCUCCAGCGGAUCCUCUAGUGUGCGCUCUGUCGACGACGACAGUCCAUCGACAGAGUCUCUAGAUAGUGACGACGGAGCCAGGGUGUCUAACGGGGAGCCCGACACUGCUCGAUCAGAGGCAACAUUAGGGAGCCGAAGGCAACGCAGACCUGACCUCACCCCAAUCCAAGAAAACCAUGGUGAUGGUUAUCACAGUGGUCUGGCCCGGUCUGGAAUGGCGUCAUGGAGAGAGCCCGCUGCGAACAGUAAUAACACAAACAGUGGAGGAGGAAGUGGCUCGUCCUGGCUUUCUUCAUCUCUACGCAGCCGCUGCCCUCCACUCCUCUCUCGCCUUCGAAGACAUGCUAGGGAUGAGAGUUCAAGCUCUGCAGCAGCUCCGGAUUAUAACUACAGUCGUCCACAGUAUUUGCUGAGAAGGAGGGAUGACGUAGAACGCAAAACGCCACAAGAAGAUGAAGACGACGACGAUGAUGAAGACGACGAUGAAGAGGAAGAAGGUGCAGUUGGUGUAGAUGUUUUUGGCACAGAUCAUUCACACAGACUCGAGGAUGAAACGUUACCUGAGCUAGAAAACUCCUCAUUUUCACCACGACGAAGAAUAGGACUCUUUGAAAGCCUUACGGCAUCUAUGGGUCCACUGGGAGCUGUGGAGAGCCAAAAGGAAAAGCCCAUUUCCAGUAGGGAUCAAGAGAAGCUACGCAAGAUCAAGGAGAGACUGCUGCUGGAGGAAUCUGAUGAGGAUGAAGGUGACUUAUGUCGAAUCUGCCAGAUGGGGGAGGAAUCGUCAUCCAACCCCCUGAUUCAGCCGUGCCGCUGUACCGGCAGUCUGCAGUAUGUGCACCAGGACUGCAUCAAGAGGUGGCUGCGCUCCAAAAUUGACUCGGGCACAAACCUUGAGGGCAUCACAACAUGUGAGCUCUGCAAAGAAAAGCUGCACUUGAACAUAGACAACUUUGACAUUCAGGAGUUGUACAGGACACACGUACAAUCAGAAUAUGACGACUUCAUCAGCAGCGGCCUCUACCUGGUGGUGCUGUUGCAUUUCUGUGAGCAGAGAUUCUCUGAUGUGCUGGGGGCAGUCGAUGCAGCCGGGUUCCCCACGGGGAAAGCGAUGAGGAGGCACAUGACAGCAGACCGUCGAUCGAGUUUUCUGACCUGGACGACGAUCUGGAAGACUACUGAUCACAUGACGUGGAAGAAUGAGGAAAAAAAAAAAAAAAAAAAUGGGUCAGUGGAGAUAAAGGCGCAGGGCUACGCUACGCCACGCCAUAUGGUAGCUCACCCAGUUUUCACACAUGCUUCGACAUCAUCAUGUUCAUCUGAAAUGCAACGGCGGAGGGAAAACGCCAAGUGCACAGAACAUGUCUUUGCCUUUGUUGCAGGCGGCUUUUUAUGCAAACCUGAAAUGAUCUAGUGCGUAAAAUAUUUUGGUUGACACAGCUGUAUUUCUGUUGAGUGCACUUUAUUCAAUUCUGAGUAAAUACAAAUGCAAGUCUUUUUAACCGAUAAACCACAAGUGCUUUAAUGUUUAAUUAAAUAAGUCAAAAAUUGAAAUAGAAAAAGUUGAUAAGAUUUGUACUUACGUUGCAACAACAGAGGGAAGAUUUGCAAAAGAGAAGUGGCAAUUUUAUUCUUUUCCUCUUUUCUCACUAUAAUAUAAAAAUAGCUCAACUCAUUGCCAGGUGUCAUCUUUUCUGUUCAAAAUGCUUUACUGUACAUGUACAUUGUUUCAUGCAUUAUUUUGGGAAUAAAGACUGAACGCAAACUGAUUUAGUCACAUUUACAACUGUCUUUGUAGAAUGUGUUGAUUUAAUUUUUCACACGAGUCUAAAGUCAUUUUAGAAAUUCACACAAACCCCAAUAACAAGACUAAAAACAAAUUUGUGAAGACAGGGAAAUUUAUUGGAAGGAAAUUGUACCUGAUUUGAGCUGAAGAAUGCUUUUUAAGAGUGGUGGAGAAAGUUUUGGGGGAAAAAAAAACACAUGUACAAGUUGAUAUGGAUGGGUUAAAACAUGCAGCGUUGAGGCAGUUCAGCUCAGGCUUUCAACAUUCAACUGACUCGGAGCAUCUUUGGUUCAUCCUCAGUUAUAAAACACAUCACAUAUAUUUACAAAGCAUAUACACAACAACACCAGUGCAAUUUGAAACUU